AUGUCCUUGUCCGAUUCGCUCACCCCGCACUGGAGCGGACGACAGCGACGCAGGCCGCUUCGUGUGUCAAGGGCGGUCUCGGAGUCUCUGCUGGGAACAGACACCGGCUCGGGCUCCGACUGGGAAACAUCUACCGAGGAUGCAGACAACGGCGAGUACGGGCCGUCUGCCAUCCCCAAGCGGGUCUACUCCUCGUCAUCAGAGGUGUCGAGCCGUCGCAACUCGUUCAACACUAAUAUCAAGCGGCCCAGCAUACCGGAACUGCUCAGUCUCGAGUCUAAUUCUGUGCCCCCUUCCCCUAAUGCCACGCCGGCACAAGACUCUCACAGCCCCAAACUGCAUCCGGACGACCAGCUAGACCUGUCUGGUAUGCCAUCGCCCAAUUUGGUUUUCAAAAAGCUCGUCUCAAAGAAGAGAAUGGUGCCCAAAGCGAAAUCAUUCAAACGGGUGGUAAUCGACCUGGAAAACGAGUUCUCGCCGCUCGACACAGAGAUCCAGCACGAGUCGCUGGUCACGUCUGCCCUUAAGGACGAACCACGCGUAUUGUCGUCCCGAUUAACCACAGCCUUGCUGGCAAGACCCUCCAAGCUCAACCAGGACAACCUGAAAAAAUUCGAAAUUAUCAACAAGGCAAACGAACUGUGGAACCAGCGACCCGUGCUGCGCUCCCGCUCGAACUCGGCCGCCUCUACGGUGUCCGAUAUGACGCCGCAGCCGCCACAGCCCGCCGUCCAGACCCCCCGCGUGAAACGACGCCCCGACGACGAGCCCAAGGCCAGCUCGUCAAAACGCCGCGUCGUUUCCGUCGCACACUCACCCCCAUCGCCGUUCUUCCCGCCCAGCCACAAAAACCCCAAACUUGUCCACAAUACACCAGUCGAUCCUGAGUCCGUCGUGCUUGGCAAGGUGCGAGGUGUGCCCCGGGACAGAUAA